CUGACAAUGACAACGGACCCUCAGGUAUUGUCAGCUUGCAUCGUUGCCAUUCAGCGAAGCAUCCCGCGAGUACAAUGUCCAUUUUCUGGUUACAAGCAAUCGAAUGUCGCCGCUGGAAAUGGGUUCUGCAAUGAAGCACUUUGUCACCUGCAACCCCUCGCGCAUGCCCAAACGCCUUCGUCACUUGAAGAACACGCCAUGUUCGGUGCGGGAGGCCGUGAUGCAAGAGCUUGCAAAGGCGUAUGAGUAUCACCAGGGCAUCGACCACAUCAGCUCUGUCAUGGACUCCGACUACCACUCUCCCGCCGAGACGAGGGCCCUUCGCCGCCGCCGAUUUCUCAUUCACGAGCGCAUCCAGAACCGCGUGCGCGAAUGCCAUCUCCGGGUGGCCGGUUGGCUGACGCGAAACUUUCAGUUCGUACACACCUCGCCGUUUGAGACGGAGGAGAUGAUGCGCCGAGUGGGAGAGAACGGCCGCAAACGCCGCAUCGGUCGUAAGACGGCACGAGAGUUGCUCAUGUGGCGACAUGCGCCCUUCCGCCGCGCGCUGCAAAUGCGCCAAGAGGAGUUGCGGGGGACGUUGGUUGAGAUCGCCGGCGAAGAGUACAGUCAGGUAGCAAAAAGCUGUCUCUCCUGGAGAUUAAGUCAGUGCCGCCGACGCGUCUCUCCGCCCUGUGGUGGAACGGUCAUUAACUUCAAUUAGAAGGAGAGACAGCUUUUUGCUACCUGACUGUAGACGACGUUGACCUGCGACCGAUGCGGCCUCAUUCAAGCCCGCGUGGAUGGGAAGUUGUUCAGAUGCACGACGUGCGGCCACCGAGUGCA